GAAGCAUACUUCUUUAAAGAGAUAGCAUAAUUUUCAUAGGGCGAGGGCUCAGAGGAACAGAGAAAAUACCAAGGGGACAAGCCUUUACUGCUGUCGAGAGUGACAUUACAGAAGAAAGGAUUUUUCACACCAUCACUUACUAUCAGAGCCAUCGAUAUUUACGAAUAUUUCAGGCGACAUCCCAACUCGCUGACGAUAGGCCUACAUUGUUGUUAAGCUUGUUGGAAUUUAAAUACUGACAGUUCAGUUGUUAUACAUUCGAUCGAGGCAGCAGCGACCAGUCAGUCUACCAGAACAAAAAUAUAAGGGCAAACUUGCUACAAAGGCGGUGGGAGUGCAUUACGGUCUUAAUCAAUGUAUUGCAUUCGCGAUUUUGACCUCGUCUGAUAUACCCGGACUGGCCAUAUCUGAAGAGUGCACUGAACCUAUUCCAUUGAUCAGUUGCUUUUGAGAGCUCUCCGGGGGGAGGAAGCAAAGAAAGCAACCUGCUACAUGCAACUGCCUGCAAGAGUCUUCAAGCCUCACGGAGCCUAGGCCAGAAUAACAACAGCAGACACACACAGAGGCAAACACAGCAGGGCAAGGAGGGCUUUGAAGGCUUUUUGGGAGGGCUUCACUCACUGGAAUGCCUGAGACGCAAUGCAGCCGCUGAGGUGCCCCCCACGCCCAGGUGCCCAGGAGGGGCGUGCCAGGCCGCUGGCCCCAUCGCGCAGGAGGAACCGCAGGAGAGAGACUGACCCCGCUACCCGUUCACCAGCGCUGCCUCUGCAGGCCCUUCCUCCUCAUUGACACUUUGCCCUCGGCCAUAAAGUCCAUGCUGACUGAAUGGUUGCUCUGUGCUCCGUUGUUAGACUGUCUGUCCGGGAAUGCUGUUGUUGGUCUUCGGAGGGCAGCCUUGGAGAUGGAAGAGCAGCAGGGUUAGGCUUGGGCCACGGGCACUGCACAGCUCCGGGGUGGGUGCCGAGCAGCCUGGAGUGCAGAGACAAACUACGACGACACAGAGGUGCCACACGGCCAGGCACUGUAGAGAGACUGUUGUGCUAUCCACAGGGGAGCGUAGCGAGGAUCCCACUCUGUAAAGGAGGGCUCCUGUAACACUGUAGCGCUCUUCACCGGACCUCCGGCUAUUUGCACUUCCAAGAACUCUUGGUCAUUCUCUAGGCCCUGCUGCCCAAUCCCAGCGGCUCAGUACACACAGCAGAGCCAUGCGUCACAUUCACGUCGAGCUGGCUCGCAAGGAGCCCGCAGUCCAGCUCCCAGCACAAGAAGGGGACCUGCCGCCGACCAGCACCCCAGCCGAGGGGCCCGACCUCGGGGCGCGCAGCGGCGUCCCCAGGCCCUUCGGGGAGGAGGAGAUCCGUCUCCAGAAGGUGUACCAGCUGUCCAUCUUCUCGCAGAGAGGGGGCUACUCGGAGGUCGGCGAGGGGCAGCGGGCGUCCCGCGUGGGGCUGAAGAGGAGCCUGGAGGAGCCGGUCAACCCGCUGGCCCACAAGCGGCUGCACGAGGCCACGGCGGAGGACGAGGACGUGGACGUCCCGCAGGCCGAGGUGCUGUGCGGAUCUACGUCCACUGAGCCAUUCUACUCCUGCGCCCUGCUCGAGUGUAAUAACAAUAACAACAAUAGAGACCCAGAGAGCCCCAUGGCCCGGACCCCCCCGAGGCCCCAGCCCCCGAUGUCCCCCACCUACAACUCCAUCCCUGCCCGCCGGCCUGCCCAGCACAACCACGACCGGCCGGUCCCCGACGCCUGGGCGCCGCUCUCCCCCAAGUCGCCGCCGAUGGUCGACGUCUUCCGGUCGGGCGAUGCCAGCGGCGUCUCCCCGGUGCUCAGCCCCGAGCCGCCUCCGGGAGGCGACGCCCCGGCCCACUCCAUCGGGUCACCGCCGCACAGCGAGGGCUCCAGCAACGGGACCUCGGCCGCGGUCUCCGCACGGAGCCCGAGCCCCCCGCUCCCCUCCGCCAGCCCCAAGAGGCUCUCCGAGGCUCUGGAGUGGGCGGCCAGCUUGGAGUCCACCCCGCCCGAUCACAGGGUGCUGCCCACGGCCACCAACGGUGUGCCCUCCAACGGCGCCCACUCCUCGGAGAAGACGCCCGUCGUCGACCCCCGGCCGUCGUCCCCCUCCUCCUCUUCCAAGUCAUCCUUGUCCACCCAUUGCCCGGCCAAGAAGAAGCUGCUGUCAUCCAGCGACACGGGGGAGUCCUGCUCCGAGGACGAGGGCCCGUCCACUUCCAAGAGGAGCCGCCUAGCGCUGCUGGCCCCAGGGCUGGGCUUGGCCUCCUGCCGGAGCACCGACGCCAAGGCCGCGCCCUUCUGGAACCACCUGCUGCCCUCAGCCCGCCAACACCACAAGGGUGCCCCAGACUGUACCCGAUCUGGAAGAAGACUGAAAAGUGGGAUCAGGCUCAAAUCACGCCAGUUGCGCAGUGGCCGGCGGACGGACAACUGUCACUCGACUCGAGCCGUCUGGCCCUCUUCCUCCAUUAGCCGCUCACUCCUGGGCAACUUUGAGGAGUCCAUACUGAAGGGGCGCUUCUCCCCGUCAGGGCGGAUCGAGGGCUUCACUGCUGAGAUUGGGGCCAGUGGCUCCUACUGCCCCCAACAUGCUACGCUGCCUGUUCAGGUCACCUACUACGAUAUCUCAGAGCACAGUGCACCAUCACCUUUCCUAGGUGUGAUCUCCCUGGAGCCACUGGGGAAAAAGGGAUAUAGUGUGCCCAAAGCAGGGACCAUUCAAGUGACCUUAUUCAACCCCAACAAAACUGUGGUGAAAAUGUUCCUGGUGACGUACAACUUUGGAGACAUGCCUGUCAAUCACAUGACCUUCCUGCGUCACCGCAUCUUCCUGGUACCCGUGGACGAGGGGGAGGGGUCAGAGAAGGCGGGCCCGACCGAGGACGUACAGGUGGACAGGAAGAAGAUUCUCUGCUACUUGAUACACCUCAGAUUCCAGAGUUCCAAAUCUGGGAAAAUCUACUUGCACAAUGAUAUCCGGCUGCUAUUCUCCCGAAAAUCCAUUGAAGUGGACACAGGGAUUCCUUACGAGCUGAAAUCUUUCACCGAGGUGCCAAGAAACCCCAAGUACUCCCCACGCGUGUGAUCCUCUCCAGCACUGCCUGUCCUGCCUAGCGCAGGCAGGAACCCUACAGAAAGACGGCUCCAACUAAUAGGACUACAGAGGACUAAUGCUGACUUGAAUCCUUACACACACACACACACACACACACACACACACACACACACACAUACAAACACACAAAUGAAUGCAGAGGCAAACACACAGACACAGACAUACUUGCUUGCUUGGUGCAGGUGCAAACUCAUGCACACACACAGAGGACUAAUGCUGACUUGAAUCCUUACACACACACACACACACCCACACACACACACACACACACACACACACAUACACACACACACUUACAUACAAA